UGGUAACUAAUUGCCCGUGGUAAUUCCAUUCACAGCACUUUCCCCACCCGAGUUCUAAGUCACAAGAAGAAUAACCCGUAAAACACGCCGCCCAAAACACGGCAGCGUGUGCGAAACACUGCCGACCACGGUCACGUUUGGAUGACAGUCAGGCGACACAGCCACCAGUUCUGAUCACCCCAAGGGUCUCUUGUACAUAGUUAGGCUGGCUGGCGGCGAAGCCGGUGCAAUCAACUGCCUCGCUUCUCUUGCGGCCCCUUCCCCCCUUUCCCCUCCCUCCCCAGCGACACGUGCGAAACUGCACAUCAGGAAGAGCAUUGCUCGCUCAUGGACGGCCUGCCAUUGGUCAUUGCCCACAUUGCACAUUGCCUCGUACCUCCCGAAACGGAGCGGCGAUGGUGAUGGCGCCAACGCGAAACAGACGGCUCGCGCGACCGGCCAUUGCUACCCUCUCGCGAAAAUGGCAGUUUGCCGUCGAGCCCUUGGUCUUCCGCGCCGUGCGCAUCAAGAGCAUCGAGCUCGACGAGAGUUCGCGUCCGUCUUCUCGGCAUCCCAUCCCAGCCACGCCGCCGAAGCUUGUUGAAGAGCCUCGGGUUGGACGUUGUUGUGCUCCCGGCGCAUAGCGAUGCCGAUUGUGGCCGCUAUGAGUCCAAUCAAGACCGUCACCGGCUUGUUUGACAUUUUCUUUCCGGCUGGGGCUCCGACCUCUCCAUUUGGCUUCUUCCA